AUGGCCGUGGCGGUGGGGGACAUGGCGUUCCGCACGUCGCGGGACUCCAACCCAUUCCGACAGGGAGAGCUCCAGCGUGGCACCUACGACUUUCGCUACGACAGCGGCAACUACCGGCGGGCGGACUCCGGCGUCUCCGGCGUCUCGGCGGCCUCCAGCAGCUACCAUUCCCCCGAGAACGCCUCCGAUCACGACAGCUACUGCUCCGUGGCCGAGGGGUACCUUUCGCAGGGGCCGGAGAUAAUACCGAGGAGGACACCGGACGGACUGGUCGCGGACGCGGGGUUUGGCAGGCAGGGCGGGGGGGUGCCGCUCCUGCACGCCCACCUGCCCCCCCUGCCCAGCAGCUCCCGCAGUUGGAGGACAUCCGAGGAGAGCAGCUUCAGAACGGCGAGCACGAUGCGGGAGAUGACGAGCCCAGGCUCGGGAUCCGCCGGGCCUGGGACCCCGCCUGUGCAUCCGCCUAGAGGGACAUCCGCCGGUGUUCGGCCGGGUGGCCAUGCUGGCGGGCAGUCGGACUUUCUGGACGCCGAUCCUUACGCGAGGAUCAAGAGCCUGGAGGCUAACCGGUUCACCCAGUUUGGGCAGCAGGGCAGGAGGCGGGCGAAGAAGCCCAGCAUGUGGAAGCGGCUCAUAUUCCGGGGCUCAAGCAAUUGGAACAAGAAUGAGCCUGAAGAUGUGAGAAGAGGGACCAUUCAGCAGGCUGGGCUCUCUCCUGGGGUGGCUGGGGGCGUGAACAUCGACUCGCUGCCGGAACACCUGGCGAUGAUGUCCUUGUCCUCGAUGAAGGCCCAGAGGUACACACAGAAAUACGGUCAGUCACAGCGCGGGGGCGGAAACCUCAGGGGGGGAAUGAGGUCGGAGUACUAUGACCAUGAGCCGCUGGUUGAAAGCAGCCAGGAACGCUGGAGGAGUGCGGCUGAGGGGGCGGCCAGGAACGAGGUGGAGAUGCAUUUGGACGAGUUUCUGAAAGCCAGCGUGGAGUCGUUUGCGCCCCUUCGCCCGGCUGCUCGCAGCCCACCCAUUGGGUGGUACAACAACAGGGCGUUCAGCCCGAGGGAAACACGCAGUUCUUCCCCCAAAAGCUCCGAGUCGCAUGUGCAUGUGUCCCUUACAACUUGGGACCCUGCGCAGAAGGAGGCCAAGCCAGCGAUUCAGGACCUGAUGAACACCACGCCUGACCACCUGAUGUUCAGCUCCUUUCCAACUGAAGAAACCCGGGAAGAGCAGGCCAUGCCGCCAAAACUGAUGACGAGUGCACCGCAGGGGAUUGACUUCUUUAACAUGAUGGGGUCCGAUGGCAGCAUGUCCGAAGAGGCAGGCCCCUCAUGGCGAGCAGAGGACUCACAGCGGUCCAUCGUCGUCAACAUCGAGGUCCGGGAGUCGCAUGAGGAAGUGCCACAGGGCAGCUCGGGUGACGAGACAGCCAGGGGCGUCCAGCUUGCCCGUCCACCGUCGCACUCACACUCCAUUUUUUCUGAUUCAGAUUCGUCAUCCACGGGUUCAUCAACACCACGAGCCCUUCCACCUGUGACAACGGGUGCCCCAUCCAACCAGGCGGCGGUCACUGGCACGUGGGGCCUACCACAGGAUUUGGAAGCUGCGCCUCGGCCAGCGGGCAGUAAUCUACCUGCAGUGAAACAUGUGCAACGGGGAAUGUUCCGGGAGCCCAGCACACUGGGCAUCACCAGCGGCGACCACAUCCCGUUCUCCAUCGACAGCGAGUACUCACAAGACACCGAUCCCCACAUUCUCAAGCCAGUGACGUUCCAAGACAAGGAGCUAUUUGGUGAGCAGCCACAGGCUGCAGGCAACGCAACCAAGUCAGUGGACAAGUCGGGGCUGCCCAUUCCUUCUGAGAGCAUCGAGAGAUUUGUCAACAUUCCCUCGAUGUUCACGACUGAGACGGGGUUUGAGGAUGGCCACAAUUCCGAACAAACGGCUGAGGAGAGUGAUAGAGAGAGCUCUGAGGCCAGCUAUGGGCGCAAGCUUCAAGGCAACGACAGGCCCUCAUUUGAGGGCACCGACGCCGAUGCCAGCAAAGUCACGUAUCAGGAGAUCUUUGAGGGUGUUAAUAAGGUCCUGGACAACGUUGCAGGCAUUGGUGUGGCUGGCAAGGAGCACCGCGAGGACAAGCUGACGGACCUGGAUUCCUAUGGCCAUACCUCUGGCCCCACAGGGAAACCACACCUCUCUCAGAAGAGCAGACGGCUCCAAGCCAUGUCUAGGGCGUAUCAGGGUGCCUCACUGUGGCAGGAGCCUCUGAGGGCAGGCAUCCAGACCAGAGGAGUGCCUCUUGAGGACUCAGAAGCGACUGUGUCAGGAGAUGAGUACGAAGAAGAUAGGGAUGACUCUGCGGCCACAAAGAACACGAGUGAUACGUCGGGACAGUCUGCCAUGACGAACUUUCAGGGGCCGAGCGAGCCGGAGGUGCCGAGGCUAAAGAUGGACGAGAACUUUGUACCGCAGCUGCCCGCGUAUUGUGAAGAUAGGAUGUGGACCUUGGCAGAGGUGAAGAGGCUCAGUGGUGUGUGGAUGAAGGACCUGAGGGCAAGCGACCCCCCAGGACCGUUGUGUGACUUUCUGGAGCUGGGAUGGAUCUUCCAGAAGGCAAUAACGAACUCAAGGCAUCUGCAGAUUGAGGUGUCUGACGAAGGUGUCAGAAUGAAGGCCAAGCUAUUUGGCCUCUUUGAGCAGAUGGAACAGCUUUCUUGGGACUCUAGCGGGUGCCUAGUUCCGCGUCGAGACCUCAGGACUGGAUUCACGCAUGUCUGGCUGGAAAGGAUACCAGGCGGCUUCAGGCAGUGGAGUCAAUGGGAUGAGCCUGUGGCCGGCGACAAGGUUGAAGAUUAUCACUUGACACCGGAUGGUCAGAAGCUCAGAGUAUAUGCUCAGCUAAUUCGGCACACGGGACAGGUUUUGAACACAAGGACGGUGUUCAACAGGGUGUCAGGCAGGGACACUGGUUGA